GGAAAUUUUGCAAAAAAUAGGGGAGAGGUUUGGCUCGCACGUCCGCAACAUCGUCCAAAUCGCGGAAAAGGCGGUCGCUUUCGGCAACGGCGACACCGCGGACCGGCCGGAUUUUUUCAUCAUGCCACUGUGCGAGUAUGAGGUCGGCCACUUGCGGCUGUUGCUGCGGCGCUUUUCCGUCCCGCUGACAACCUGGC